AUGGCUAAAGUAAUAUGUUUGUUAGUAGCUGUUUUAAGUUUUUCUUUUGUAAAUACAGACACACCAUUAAAAUUUUACCAAGAGAAGGACUUUCACGAAGCCCAAGAACUGACAGAUAAAAAUAUUAAAGACAUAGCCCAGCUAUCGGACCGGCAGCACUUCCGAAAAGUAUUAGACGAAAUUUUAAUACCACGUGUAGUUGGCUCUGAGAACCAUGAAAAAGUUGGUAAUUACAUCAGGGAUGAGAUGAAGAAUUUAGGUUGGGACGUCACUGAAGAUGUUUUUGCUGAUCAAACCCCGGUAUUUGGAACGUUGAAUUUCAGAAAUAUCAUUGCCAAAUUGAAUCCUAAUGCGGAUAGGUAUCUAGUGCUUGCGUGCCAUUAUGAUAGCAAGUACACAAGGGAACACGUUUUUGUUGGAGCGACGGAUUCAGCAGUGCCUUGUGCAAUGAUGAUCAACCUUGCAACCGUCAUGUCCAAACAAUUGGACCGACUGAAGAACUCAUCUCCAAGUCUUAUGUUUAUAUUCUUUGAUGGAGAAGAAGCUUUCAGACAGUGGGGGCCUAAGGAUUCUAUAUAUGGCGCCAGACAUUUAGCUAAGAUGUGGCACGGAACGCCUUAUAAGGAUGGAGCUAAUCAUUUGCAGAGGAUGGACGUGCUUGUUCUUCUAGACCUUCUCGGUUGUCCAGAUCCGGUGUUCUACAGCUACUUCAAGUCUACAGAAAAAUGGUACAUUCGUAUGGCAAGUGCGGAACAAAGGUUGUCCGAAUUAGGGCAACUCUCCUCGUAUUCUCGAGGGAAGGCUGAUCAAACGUAUUUCAGAUUGUCGACGUCCAAUGCUGUAAUUGAAGACGAUCAUGUACCAUUUUAUAAAAGAGACGUAGAUGUCCUACACAUCAUCCCGAACCCGUUCCCGAGUGUGUGGCACACGGUGCGGGAUGACGUAUCCGCUUUAGACUUCAAUACUAUAGACAAUUUAAACAAAAUAUUACGAGUAUUUGUUGUCGAGUACUUACACGUGACCCCA